AUGCACGCGGCAACUGCUGGGUCCCUGACAAGUAAACAGCCUGCCCUGAACAGGCGCGUCCACGUCCGGAGCCCGGCUGAGGGCCCUGCUCAUCCCAUCAAGGGCGGCAGCGGGACACCCCGGAUCCCCGCCCCCCGGAGGCACAAAAGGGAUGCACGGAGAUCGGGAGAGCGUGAACCAGCCCACACCCGGGAAUCACAACGCGAGCGCGGCCCCCUGCCUCGGCCUCCCCGGCAGCGUCCGGUCCGCCCCGGGACGCGCGCGCCUCCCCCAGUCCCCACGCCCCUGGACCCCGACCGCCCCAGGCGGACAAAGCCGGGCGCUGGGCGGGGCGGGUGUGCGCAGGGGGGCACUGGGACCCCGCAGACGCCCGCACAGGCCCGCGGCGCGGAGCCGGCGAGCGGGGCAGCAGCGGAGGGGCGCGGCCCGGGGCGGGGCCCGGACAGGGGGCCGACGCGGGCGGGGCCAGGGGCGGGGCGCCGGCAGGGGGCGGGACUGGGGGCGGGGCCAGGGCCCGCCGCGCCGCGGGCACCGUCGGCAAAUUCUCCCGCCCCCAGCCAGGCGGAGUGUCGGAGAGCCAGCGACCGCGGGGAGGGCGCGGCGGACGCCGCUGCAACUCCUCCCCGACCCCCGCUGCUCCAGUCCGCCCGGCGGGUGGGGCGUGCGCCUGGAGCCGCGAGCGCCCAGGCCACCGCGGGACCCCGGGCGGCGUGCGCAUGCUGGCCCUGGCUCCCCUCCCGGCUGGUAACCGGAGAACUGAAAGUGCCAUUUGCAAAGGGAGCGGGGGCUGGUGGUCCGCCAAACCGCUCUCCCCGCCCGGGUCCCCAGGGAGUCACCAGAACCGACGGGCACCGGACCUCCGUCCCUGAUCUGGAGCCUAGGUCACCCGCGUCACUGGCCAUCCCGGGGUCUGGGCUCCCAUCCGGUGUGCGAGCUGUUCCCCGGCCGCUGGGCCUGCCUUUCCAUCGGGGUUCCCCUUACAGGUCGGAUUCAGCAGAUGGGAAACACGCAAAGAGGCGGACUGGUGUGCUCAACGCGGCAGAGAGAAAAGGAAACACCAAAGUGUCCCGAUUCCUGCCUCAUUCAGGGCUCAGCCAGAAAGAUUGGACCCUCUUUGUGAGUUUACAACCACAAGGCAGGAAACCAGAUGAACCUCUGCUCCUACCCAUGAAACCCCUUGCUAAGAUCAACAAGUUCCAUAAGAGAAAAGCUUCUCCGCGCCAUUAGUCACUCCUCCUCCUCUCUCCCAACACCCCCAGGAUUUUUAGGGGCGAGCAGAUGAGAUGUGGAGUAGAGUGGAGAACACGAAUGCUACAGUCAGUAAAAGAGGCAACUAAUAAGAAACAAAAAAAGCGCAGCUAAAUGUUUUUCAUUCUUUUAGGAAAAACAGGAGGACUCUGGAAAAUAAUCCUCCUCAAAGGGGAGAGAUAGUUUCCCUAGUUCUUCAUAUAAUCCCUCCAUGGCUUUGUCUCCUUGAUCUUUUACUCUCCAGGCGCUCACACGAGGGAGUCUACUUACAGGAACAUCUGGCCCCUGCUUUCCUGCCAUCUUCACAUAUUUCCAUUAAUCUUCGAGACUCUCACCCCCCAUUAAUUCAAAAAGUGGCUCAUCUGUAGUUAAAAAGCAAAGUUAAUUAGAAUCUGGAGUUUCUUUUUUUCCUUUGGCCAAUUCCCCAAGCUUAGACCAAAGUCUGUGUUAAUUGAGGCUGUCUGAGUUUGUGACCUGGGGUGCCGAGGGGAGCAGCAGAGGGAAAAAAUGAUGCUGGUGUCCACAGUGCAAGAUCUUUCCGGUGUAUACCAAAAGCACUCAAUGCUUGCAGGGACUCUCUGGCCACAGGUAGGAGCAUGAGCCCCGGCAUUAGAU